AUGGCUUCAGUAUAUCUUCCUCAAGGACUCGCAACUCAGGAACAAAGUUAUAUUGCCAAAAACUUUGAUAAGCAUCAUGUUGAAGGUUUAGUUCGCCACAUUCAAGAAACCCAAAAGGAUGAUGCUUUAUUCCGAGUUUCUGAAGAUUGGGAAAAAAUCAUUUCCAAUGAUGUCACCAAUGAUUUAGCCACAAGUUUAAAAGUUCAACGUGAACAAGUAAUCGGUACCGGGAAUAAAAUUGCUCGAUUGGUCUCUAGAGUUGCAACUGGUACCUGGUCAUCUGGUAUUAUUCCACAAAAUGUCAUGAAAGAUCUGAGUAUCAAUUUCCCAAUUUACAUCUCCGAUUUCCAUGAUCAAUUGGCUGGCUGGUCAAGAGAAAAUGUUUUUGGUCAAGGCAACAAGUUAAAAAGAAUUGGAAGUGAUAUCAGCUUUUUGGGCCAAUCUAAUAAACCUUACAACGCUGCUUCAAGUGGUUUCGAACCCGAAUUAACUGGAAAAUUUGCGCAUACUUCUUGGGUUAUAAAUCAAAGUAAAUUCAGUUUCGGAAUCAACACUUCAGCCAACAGUCCUCAAUUCAUCUCAGCAGGAAGUGCCCAGGCAACACCAACUAGUUCAGUCUAUCGUUACUUUGGAUUCAUCGAUAAAAGUAAACAUGCAUUAGUCAUGAAAGCCGAUGGAUCAAUCGUCAAAGAACUUUACGAUCUUAGUAAUCCUGCUCAACAAUGGAGAAUUGAAAACUAUGGUAAUUAUUAUUCGUUGUACAAUAGAAAAUAUAAAUCUUAUCUUGGAAUUUUCGAUGGAAAUAAAAUUCACACUAGUAAAACUGCACAAAAUAGUUGGGAUCGUUCAGCUGUAUUUAUUGUCGAAGACAAAUUGACCUAUAAUCAUUCUAUUGGUUAUACAAGAGAUAAUGUGAAUAUCGAAUACCCUUCAAUUCUUAAAGAUUUAAAAUUAGUCACCUUACCAUUGGUCGCAUGGAGAAAUUCAUCAGGUCAAUUUUUAACACUCACCAACGAUCAACAUGGUGAUUUAUCAUUUACAAAUGGAGAAACAACUCAUGAUGGAAUUGUUCCUAAAUCUGAACAAUUAUUUACGUUUGUUCCUCAUCCUGAUUUUUUUGAGAAAUCUGUUAUCAUUGGUAAUAAUGGAAAAUACCUUCAAAUUGAUCCGUCAAAGAAUGGAUCUGCUACUGCAAAUUAUGAUUUAAAAGAUCCAAGAAAAUUAGUCUAUGCAUUAUUUGAUUAUGAUCAAAACAUUUACCCAAGGAGUGCACAAUAUUUAGCAUCAAGAUUACAUCAAACAUCCUUGGUUUCCGCAGCCCCACCAGCUGGUAAAGGUACAAGAGUAAAUGUAUGGAAAGCCGAUCCUUUCGUUAAAUCAAUCGGUAUCAGAGCGCUUUACUUUCCAGGAUCCGAUAUCACUACCGGUCCAACCGAUUCAUUGUUAACCACCAGUUCAACUUCUGGACCAAUUGCUCCAGAUGCAAAUGGUGAUAUCCUAUUGGAUUUUAUUGAAGACAAAUCUCAAAAUCCGCCACCAUCACCUCAACAAGUCAAAUUUGAUGUUGUGCACACUUUCUCUGUUGUCAAAUAUACGUACAGUUUACUCAAAGGUGAUAUCGAGUAUCUUGAUGGCAAACCACCAAUUCUUCCUAGACCAUGGGGAAACAAAAAAUUAGUAAUACACCCACAUGCUGGAAUCGAUGCUAACGCAUAUUAUAGUAGAGAGGAGGGAGUGUUGAAAUUCUUCUAUGAACGAAGACCAGGACAAACUCCAAUAUAUCUUUGUCGAUCACUUGAUGUUGUGGCUCAUGAGACAGGUCACGCCUUCCUUGAUAUAAUACAACCGGGUUGGUUGGCUGAUGGUCAGACCGGAGCUCUUCACGAAGCGUUCGGUGAUUUGUGUUCAAUGUUUGUCAUUAUUUCAAUGCCAGAUUUGGUAGAUAAUUUGAUCACUCUUACAAAAUCAAAUCUCAGAGACACUAAUAAUUUCUUAUCAGCUGUUGGUGAAGAAUUUGGCGAGUAUUUGUACAAGAAUAAGGGCAAAGGUUUAAGAAACUUAAUAAAUGAUAUAAGAGGUUCGACAGCUGAAAGUGAA